UAACGAACGUCAAAACUUAAUUAAAAAAAUACUUUCUUAAAAAAUUAUAUUUUGUCAAAAUUUACAAAAACUGUGUAGUUCGAAAUAACUUUAUUUUGUAUAUUACAUACAAUAUACAUAUACUGUUAGAAUUUAUAGUAGAAAUAUAAAAUAACGCCUUCGGUUACAUGGUGUCAUAACCUUCAAAACUCAUGCUCGAUUUGCUACACAUGCGAAAAAAAAAUAAACAUGGUGAAAAACAUAAGUACAGAAAAGCCUAAACCUGUGAACUCAGUGUCGAAAAUCUCAAAGAGAAUUAAACAGAAGAAGAAAACAAAGGUGCCUGUAUGUGAAUCAGAAGAUGUUAAGCAGCAAGUUCAGGAGGUUCCUGUUGAUGAGACCAAACAACAUGGUGCUACACAGAAGAUGGCUGUACCCAAGGUGAUGUUUGAAGGUCUGACCAAGGAGGAGAUAGCAGAGAAGUAUCCAGUGCUGAAUGAUGAGAACCUUGUCCAAAGGUUCCUUAGUGUACCCAUGAAUAAUAAUCAGAAAGGAAGAGUUCGGCAACUUCUACGGGACAAAUUAAAAGAUACCACAGACUCAUUAGUGCCAGAUGUAAUCUACAGUAAAAUACAACUCAUACUCAAGAGUUCAGUCAACUUAACAGAUACGGAUUUGAGGAAAAUACGCAUACUGUACAAUAUGCUUAAAACUGCUGUACAGAAUUGUAAACUGAAUAAACCUAAACCUGUUGAAAUAAGUUUGAAGAAGAAAUUGGAAACUGACGAUAAAGAUAGUGAGAAGACAAAUGUUGUAAAAGAGAAGGAACAAUUAGUGAAGAAAGUCAAAGGGAAAAAACGUUAUGUUGUAUUUAUAGGCAAUUUACCAUUGGAUGUUGAUAAGGAAAAGAUUAGAAAACAUUUCGCCGAGUUAAGCGAUCACAUCGCAGAUGUUCGGAUCCCCAAGCUUAGUGAGGGGAAGAAAAGCGCCAUUGCUUACAUUGAGCUGAAGAACGAACCAACAUAUGAGUUGGCGUUAUCUAAACAUCACUCUAUGUUAGGCACCAAGAGGAUCAACGUACUCUAUACCACGCAGAAGGAUAGCAAAAUCACUAAAGCCGAAGCUAAGAGCAAGUCAGCCAAGUUAGUAGCUCUGCAAAAGUCCGGCAAACUAAUCGGCAGCGUGCCACUCAAGAGGAAACGCAGCCACCGGCGAAUGAAGAUGAAACAGGCGAGAGCUAAAGAGAUGCAGAAUAAAUAAUGUGUAAUAUAUAAAAUAAAAACAG